AUGGGCCGCGAGGAUCAAAUUGAAGAGCGCGAGGUUCUUGACUCGAUUUUUCCAGAUGAGAUUAUAGACAUAUCCGAAACCUCGUACAAGAUCUCGAUCCCCCUCGAUCCCCCGGACGGUAGCUCUGAACCAGAAGAGCAACCUGUGAUCUUUCUGGAAGUCUCAUAUCCGGAAACUUACCCUGAUGUUGCCCCUGAACUCCAAAUCUCCGCCCCUCCCAACGCUCCGAAGCAUCCUUUGCUCGAACUCCCACAAGAUGACGAUGUCCUCCUCAGCGCUCUCGAGUCGACCAUCGAAGAGAACCUGGGGAUGGCAAUGGUAUUUUCGCUCGUGAGCGCACUCAAGGAAGCCGGGGAGAAUCUGAUGUCGGAGCGUGUAAAGGCCGAGGAGGAGAAGAAGGCACAGGUGGCUCGCAAGGCCGAAGAGGAAGAGAACCGCAAAUUCCAAGGCACACCCGUCAACCGAGAGACAUUUGAGGCAUGGCUAUCACAAUUUCAAAAAGAGAUUCAGGAGGAGGAGCAGCGACAGAUUGAGGAGAAAGAGGCGGAGGACAAGAAGAAGAAGACCGCCAAAGAAGAGAAGAAACUCACUGGUCGACAGCUGUGGGAGCGAGGUUUGGCCGGCAAAGGCGAUGAUGACGAGGAGGGUGAGGAUGCAAUGCCUGCUGUUGAGAAGCUUAAGGUUGCCGCAUAA